ACACGUUCGAGACGAGAGCGACGAGGGAGGCUCCGUUAAGACAUCACAGAGGAAACAGCUAUCCGGGUGAAUCGUCAACCGAAGCGAAGUGUUUAAGUGAACACUUGGAGCACGAGAUAGUCCUGGUGCAUAUAAACCCAUGGAGUAUGAAACCCUAAAUAACCGAAGACGCAAAAGCAAAUCCACCCUCCAAGCAACACGGGAGCGAAGAAGCCUGAAAGAACUUCAAGCAAUUCCGACCGACAAGGAAUAACACUGAACCCAACAAUCGAGUGCAGAUCAACCACCAGUAAAGAAGUAUUACAUUCUGAGACACACAAACAUCUUCCUACAAAGUACAAGAAUAAUAGAUAUAAUCUGAAAAUAACGAAGACCCACAAAAGAAAAUCCAGGGAGUAUGGAUUACCAUAUAAUCUAAAACCCUAUAAAAGAAGAAAGAAGAAGCAAAACACGAUUUUUCCCUGAAAAAAUGUCCAGUUUAUCACUAUUUCAAGUUGAUCCAUGCCACCAGUAACGCAGUAGAGAAUAUUAACCGGCGGAAGAGCUGACAAGACGGAUAAGAUAGGGAACUGUAGAAGGAAAGAAGAACAAUUGGCAAGUCUUCUAAGGCAGACUGCACGGAGAUGGAAUCACAGGUGAUCAUGAAUGUCACAUGAAGCACCAAAGUUGACAUGAAAUGUAGUCUGCAAAACGUCAAGCAGUUGUAACUAGUGAGGGAUGUCAGGUGCCAUCAUGGAUGACUCAGGUUUGGAAAGGAAAAUGUUUGACAGCAAUUGUGAAUUUAUUGCCAUUAAGGAAGAAAAUAUAAAAGACUUUGAUGAAGAGGAUUACCAGGAAGUAAAAGAAGUUAUUGAUGAUAUAGAUCAAGAUGAUACUCUCUAUAUCAAGACUGAAGCCAAAAGUCUUGAAAAAAGAUCAUUGGGAAAUUACUCAGAAGAAAAUAUUAUCUAUAUAAAGACUGCAGGAAAGGUAGAUGUAAAACAUGAAAAUCCAUUGCAUGAGAAAUUCAAAAUUCAAGGAGAGGAAGCAGUUGACACUGACUCUGACAUUUUGAUGUGUGAAGAUGUAGAUCCACUGUCGUCAGCAGUGCCAUUUUUGGCUGAGACUUGUGGGAGUAAAUGCUCAUUAGAAGGUCAAAUGACACAAGAGAAAAGUGAUAAAGAGGAAGCACAUAGAAAAGUGGAUGCAAAAGGUAGAUGUUAUGUUUGUAAAAUAUGUGGCAAGAAAUUCCCCAAAAAUAGUAAACUAGCAGGACAUAUGAGAGUGCAUACAAAAGAGAAACCUUUUAGAUGUGAGGUUUGCACCAGAGCAUUUGCUCUGAAAGAUAACCUCGUAAAACACAAGAAAGUGCAUACAGACGAGAAGCCAUAUAACUGUGAUAUAUGUAGUCGGUCAUUCUCUGUGAAGGGUUCUCUUGUGAAACACAUGAAAGUACAUACAAAGGAGAAACUUCAUAAAUGUCAGGUUUGUUGUAAAGCAUUUGCUCACAAAUGUGAUGUAAAGCAGCACAUGAGAGUACAUACAAAGGAGAAGCCUUAUGUUUGUGAAAUAUGUAGCAAGGGUUUUGCUGGGCAUACUAGUCUAGUUUUCCACAUGAGAAUACAUACACAGGAGAAGCCAUAUACAUGUACAGUUUGCAACAAGGGAUUCUCACGAAAACAAUAUCAAAUGGACCACAUGAGAGUACAUACAAAGGAGAAGCCUUUUACCUGUAAGAUAUGUAGUAAGACCUAUACAUAUAAACAUCAUUUGGUGAGACACUUCCGGGUACAUACACAAGAGAAACCAUAUAUGUGUGAGGUAUGUAGUGCGUCAUUUAUCCGGAAAGAAUAUCUUAUAAAGCACAUGAGAAGGCAUACAGAAGCCUUAUACAGCAACAAGGUUGGUUUUAUGAGAAGAGAAGUUAUCACUCAAUCUCCAAUUGUCAUUUUUGAUUGUUUUGUAACAAUCCAUGGUGGUGAUUGUGACAGUAGAACUUUUCCUCCUACUGCUAUUGUUUUCCAGUGCCAGGCUAACAGUGAUAGAGUAUGGCUCAGAUGUUUUCCGAAAGAGGAGGAUUUAAAUUCAUCAGGAAUGACACAGAUGCUAGAUAUAUCCUCCCUUACAGAUCCCAUCAUAAAUUUAAUGAUAUACAUUAUAGAGGGUAAGUACUGUAAAACUGCUCCUACUGAGUACCUGCUGGUCUCCCAACAUCACAUAGCCAGCUCGAUCACAGCCAGAUACAACAUUAAAGUCACACAGAACAAUGCAAAUGUCUCGUCAGAACAAUUGUCUGCCAUGGAUAUGUCAUCAGUUUUCUCUUUAGGGAUGGGGAGAGUUAUCACUGUACAGUCUCUCGAUGCAGGGUUACUAACAAAGGUUGUAUUUGAUACGCAGGGGAGUGUUCGUUGUUCUCUCGAUAGUAGAGGUAACUGCACAUCCUGUCACAGGGACGACAUGUUCCAAGCGCCUACCUGGAUAGCUUGCCUGAGAAGGUCACUCCAGGUGGACACCACCUCUGCCACCCCUGCCAAUGCUGCCCAAAAUAAAAGGGGUCAGCAGGCAGCAGGACGAGUAACUCUUGUUUCCAUCCUGCGCCCCAAUGAGACCUACAGCCCGCCUCACCUGUUAGGUGGGAGGGACAUCCAGCCCCCAGCCACCGUUGCCGCGCCACGAUGGGCGCCGCCCUGGUGUCGCAGCACAGCUGGCUCACGGCUUCUCUCGGAGGCACACCCCGGCGAGGCUCGGCUUCGCAUAUUUGACUUCUCCUUAGCCUUAAUAAUGGAGACCAUCGACGACCGUGGACAGUACAUCUGUGUCGAAUUAAUGAAAUGGCCAGGGCGCAGCUGUGGUCUGAGGGGCGCGGGCCCUGUGUCGCGGAGGCGGCGGCGGCGCCAUUCCUCGUCCGCGAUGGAGGCCCGCAAGUCUCGCGUCUCUGUCCUGAAGAUCGUAUUCCUCCUGAGUGGAAUCUCGGCGGCCGUCGUCGUCGUCUCCCAACAGCUGCUGGGAGGGGAGGCGGAGGCGCCGCCGGCGCGGUACGACCCGGCCACCAAGUCCUUCGUCGGCGUUGCUGCCCCGCUGAUUCCUUUUGCCCCGCAGGAGAACCUGACGCAGCUCACAGCGACCAAGAAACCGAAGGUCAUCCUGUAUUGGGCCAGCUGGUUCGGGGGGAUGUGGGCGGGCAGAGUUGGAGGUUUAGAAUUUGGGUUGUUCGUUACUUGGCAGCAAAUCUCCAGAGGAAGGUCUACGAGCAUGACAUCAACUGCCACCAUGGAUGAUUCAGGCUUGGUUACAAAAAGGCAUAACGCUAUCACAUUCUGUGCUUUGAAGGAGGAGAAAGCUGAAGACAUCAGUGAGGAGGAUUUCCAGGCAAUAAAAGAAGAAAUUAAUGAUGUAGAUGAGAAUGAUGUCAAAAUAAGAAGAGGGGAUGGAAGUCCAGUGUGUAAAGCAGUCCGAUGUCCAGGAGAAGAAAGAGUUGAAAAGAACUCAAAUGAAACUACGCAAACGAAUUUAGAGGAUGAGAAUGCUAUCUAUAUAAUGGCAGGAGGUGAGCUAGGUGCAAGUAACGAAAAUACUGUGUUUGACAAUUUCAAAAGUCUUGGUGAAAAAGCAGACAUUUUUAUGUGUGAAGAUGGAGAUCCUUUGGCAUCGCCCGUGCCGUGUGUAGCUGAGGCUCGUAGGAAAAAGAAGUCAUUGCUUGCUUCCAAAAGGACGCGCAAGAAAGCUGACAAAGAGGUGAACUGUGGCAGAAAGGAAGCAAAAGAGAAACGUUUCAGUUGUGAAAUAUGCCCCAAGAAGUUUUCCUUUAGAAGUGAGAUUUUACUCCACAUGAGAGUGCAUACAAAAGAAAAGCCAUUUAGCUGUGAGGUUUGCAGCAAGUCAUUUACUAAGAAAAGUACUCUUCUCCAACAUGCAAGAAUACAUACAAAUGAGAAACCUUUUAGUUGUAAGUUAUGUAACAAAAAAUUUAGUCAGAAAGGUAAUCUAGAUAUGCACACGAGAUUUCAUACGACUGAUAAACCUUAUAGUUGUAGAAUAUGUAGUAAGGCGUUCUCUGUGAAAAGUCAGCUAGUGUGCCACAUUAGAGUACAUACAAAAGAAAAGCCUUUUAUUUGUGAUGUCUGUAAUAAGUUAUUCACAUGGAAAAGUGAUUUAGAAAGGCAUCUGAGAGUACAUACAAAAGUGAAGCCUUUUACUUGUGGUAUAUGUGAUAAGUCAUUUGCAUGGAAAAGUGAUCUGAAGAGGCAUCUGAGAGUACACACUAAAGAGACGCCUUAUAUUUAACGAACUGUGUACUGAUAUUUAAUGACACACGAGAGUACAUACAAAAGAAAAACAUUAUUUCUGCAACGAAUUUAACUGGACAUUCUCAGAUGGCAGUGUUUGUAGCACCUCAGUCAAUAGUGCUACAUGAAAGGGGAAAGAGGAAAAUUCCAGUGGACUGCAGUGAAACAAAGAAAGAAAUUAGGAAUGAAUGAAAUAAAUACCAUGUGUUACAUAUAAGUAAAGGAUGAUGAGUUAUCAACAGAGCUUCAUAAAAGAGAUGGCAGGUCAUUAGAAAUGGAAGAGAUACAUGAGCUUAUUAACCCAUUUGCAACAGGUAAAAAUGAACAAAAAAUGGGGAAAAUGCUGUGCUCAUUUUUUAUACUUUUUGUGAAAUGUCUCUAAACAUAGAUGGCUCUGCCUUACCUGAUUUCAUUUGGCGGGAAAAUGUAAUUUAACUAGUGCUAUGAAUAUUGAUGGUUAUUUUUAUUAUAAACAUCAUAAUUGCUAUAAUGUUAUAAACAUUCGUAACAGCAAAAUAAGAUAGCGUAAAAUAUUUUCGUAAAUUAAAAGAAGGGGAAACGGGCGAGACAGGCAGUACAAGUACAAGUGUAGCCAUCUAUGGGUAAAAACAAUUAAACAAGUAAACUCACAGUGGGCAUGUCACGUAUACAUGACACCCAGCGCGAAUGGGUUAAAAUCCUCUCUGCAAAACAUACCUUCAGUAUGAUGAUGAUAAUGGUAAUGAUAAUUACAAAUAUAUAUAUGCAUAAAAUAGAUGAAUGGCCAUGCUCUGUUUGGUGGUUGGUUUAUCAAGUGGAUGCUACAUGUUCACACACUCACUCACUCACAUACACACUCACUCACACGCUCACUCACACUCAUUCACAUACACUCACACUCACUCACUCACACCACUC